AUGGCUAAGGGUCUAAGAGCUUCAUCCAAGGUAAAAGCACGAAAUGCUCGUCGUUAUACACCCGGAACGGAUUACCAAGUGAUCCAUGCUGCCCGUCUGAACUCAAUCUCUCAAAGAUUGAUGUCUAGGAUGAACCAAGGAGAUGAUGAGAGGACAGAAAGUGCAGAAGAUAAAGAUUCAACAAAAGCGCAAGAUGCAACUACUGCUCAAUCAGAUGUCCAAACGAACAAGGUGGAUUCCAUGCAGACUGACGAGGAAAAGAAGGAAGCUGCUCCAGAAAAGAAGAUUUCAACAUCCGGUCCGCGCAACAAUCGUAGAGAACAAUGGCGUAAAGCACGUGGAUGGUCAGCCAAAAAGACCGGUACACAAAAAGGAGUCAAAGGCAAACGUAGAAGAUGA